UAAGCCAUUAUCUAAAGCACGAAGCUGAAUUUAUUGCGAUUUCUCCGUUUACUGAAUAAUUUAAUUCUUUGCUUUAGUGUUCAUUAGAAAGAGGUGGUGAUUAUGGGUUCAAGUGAAGCGUUUCCCGUGAUGCAGGAGAUCAUGCUUGAGUUUCGUGCUGGGAAGAUGUCUUUGCAGGGAACAAGAGUUGUCCCUGAUGCACGAAAAGGACUUGUCCGCAUAGCUAGAGGUGACGAGGGACUGAUUCAUUUCCAGUGGCUUGAUCGAAACCAGAACACAGUAGAAGAUGAUCAAAUUGUUUUCCCAGAUGAAGCUCUAUUUGAAAAGGUUAAUCAAUCCUCAGACAGGGUGUUUAUUCUGAAGUUCAACAGUGACGACCGCAAGUUAUUCUUUUGGAUGCAGGAGCCAAGAGCUGAAGGUGAUGCUGAACUGUGCUCUUCGGUCAAUCAAUACCUCAAUCAACCACUAGAGUUUCCUGGUGAAGAAGGACUUGCAGCUGCUAUCACGGAGGAGCUGGAAGACAUGGCAGAGGAUAAUGCCUCGUCUAGAGCUGGAAACUUGGUUGUACCAAAUUUGUCUACAGAGGUGAGUGACGUGACAUCUUCGUCUGGACCAGUUAAGCUGGCAGACCUGCAAAGAAUUCUGAACAACCUCUCUGGUGUCCCCGUAGGUAUUGCUGGAGAUGAAGACGAAGGUUUAGCAUUAGGGGAUAUCUUGAAGCCGGAGUUGAUAAUGCCAUUGCUUGAGAUGUUGCCUGUACAAGAACGACUAUCUUCACAUUUACCUGAGGGUCACUCUAGGGCAGAAGAUAUACUGGAGUUGUUGCAGAGCCCUCCUUUCCGUCAACAAGUAGAUGCGUUUACCUAUGUACUUCGCACAGGACAAAUAGAUUUGACUCAGUUUGGUAUAGACCCAAGUAGAUACAAGUUCACAGUUGUCUCAUUCCUUGAGGCACUAGAGGACUCGGUUUCAACGCAAUCAACAGAGGCAAUGGAUGAGAGCUAAUCUUUUCAUAGUCUUAUGAUUUUGUUCAAACUUUGAAAUUUCAACUGAGAAAAACAUUUUCGUUGUUUGAUGGAUUGAGAUUCUAACAUUUAUGGUGUUUUCUUGAAAUUGGAAGUAUUGGAAUUUUACUUUUUGCCAGAGGUUUCUAGCAUUUGUAUCAAUUUUUAUUUCAUUUUACGAUUUAAUUAAAUUUGGGCAUACGG